AUGGAGCAGAUCCUGGCCGCCAUUACCUGCUGCCUUUUGGCCACCGGCAGCGGCGAGGAGCUCGAUGCCGUCGUCGUGGCCACCAACAAGGCUGCGGAUAAGGCCGAGGGCGUGGCCACCACCAAGCUGACGGCCAGCGUUGUCGAGGACUCCAAGAGCAAGACGGAGAAAAGGGACUCCUCGGAUCAGACAGGUGCCGUCUUCGCAGGACCCUCAUCCUCCAAAGAGCCACCGUUCCGUCCGAUUUAUCCCUCCGCCGGCAGCUACUUCGAGGCUGCCACAGCGGAGACACAGACGCCCAUCUUUGGACCGACCACAGUGCGCUACACGGCGGCGGAGGCGGCGCCUCAGCACCAGCAACAGCCGUCGCCGCCGCAACAGCAGAAGCUGCAGCAGCGCAUCCAGUACAUUAUAGCCAUACCGCUCUCCUAUAUGCGGCAGUUGCAGCAACAGCAACAGCUUCAGCAGCAGCAGCAGUUUAUUAGCGGUGGCAGCACCUCUAGCACCUCCAGCACGGCUGCACCAUUGCCCUCCACCCGGCAUCCGCUGGUACAGCUACUGGGACCGCUGGCCCGUGAUCACCAGGGUCUUUAUCGACCCUACUAUCAGUCGGAUGCAGCCAGUGCCCCAACAGCGGGACCUACAGUGGCUUCGUCGCCAUUGCAGCCGCAGCAGCACCAGCAGCAGCAGCAAUACCUGCAGAUUCCCACCAGCCUUCUGCUGGCUGCUGCCCAGCAACUGCAGCAGCAUCACCAGCAACAGCAUCAGCAGCAGGUGGCAGCCUAUGCCAAGGCCUCAGCCCAGCCGGCACUUUCUCCGCCCGCCCAGUAUAUAUAUCAACAGGUGCCCGCUCCGCAGGCACAGCUCCAGCUGCAGCGGAUUUUCCUGCAGCCACCGCAGCCCCAGACGCCCACCAUUUAUGCUGAGCAGCAGCCUGGUCCACUCUAUGCGUAUCCGCUGCAGCAUCAGCAACAGCAACAGCAUCAGCAUCAGCAGCAACACCACUUGAAACAGUCGCAGCAGCAGCAGCAGCAACACAAGUACACACCAGCAGCACCAACAGCAGCGACAACAUCAACAACCAGCUCAACAGCAACAGCAGCAGCAACUACAUCAGCAGCAACAUCCGAGGCAGCAGCAGCAGCCACUGCAACACGACAGCAACACUUGCCCGUGGUUCACUACAAUCCCCUUUACGUACAAGCCCCCGCGGAGCAUCAGCAGCAACAACAUCAAUUUUCCAUAUUGCCACGUUUCAGCAAUAAUAACCCAAAGGGCUAUGAAGCAGCCGGUCCAGCUCCGGCUUCGAUCCCCAUACACAUUGUCAGAUUGUCGCCAGGUAAUGGGCCGCCAAUCCACCAUUACCAUCACUACCAGCCAGCAGCAGCCCUGCUGCAUCCGUUUCAAUACCACCACCACCCAGCCCCGCAGCAGCAGCAGCAGCAACAAUACCUAUCAACGUAUGCUGAAGAUGGUCCUAAGACAGGUUCACCUUCUGGGUCAGGCACCACCUUGGCUGGACCUACUCCCGCAUCGGGCAUGACCGGUGCCUCGCCGGCUAUUAUACCGUAUUUCAGUCAUCCGGGUGCCGUGCAUUAUGGCACGCAUUUGUAUCACCCGGGAGCAGCCACAGCGGUGGGUGCAGCCGGAGUGGCAUCGGGAUCUGGAGUGGGGGGAGGAGCAGCAUCAAGCCCGAAGCAACAGUCGACCGCAACAAGUGGGGGACAGCUGCCAGGUGGCAGCAACAAUAUUGUGAAAUAUCCCUAA